AUGACCAGUAUGACAACGAACACACCGGUCACCACGAUCCUGCUUAUUUCGAACCUACACUGCCCGUCGUGCAGCCGCACGAUAUCCGAGCUUUUAUGGCGGCUCACGCCCUCGCCACUGAGCGUUUCUACUUCCGUGUUGAGCCGGAUCGUCACCGUCAUCCACCGGCCCGACCUGCUUCCCCGCGACAUCGUGUGGGCCCUGAUGGAAGCCGAGUUUGAGGUUGAUAGUAUAGACCUACGUAACGACGCCCAGGCCGUGGACCCGGACUUUGUUUUCGGCGGAGCAGCGGCCGCAGACCUACUGCCCGUUGAGGCGAGGGGUUGGCUGGAGGAGGCCCGCAAGGUCAUGAAGGAUGUGGUCCGGAGGAGUGUCCAGCGGAGGGGGUAUCAACACCUCUUCAAUUGUGAGCUUUGUCAGCAACAGGCCGCUGAAUCACCGGCGCGGCCAAAAUCGGCCCUGUUAUCAACGAGAAAUUCAAGGAGAUUCAGCUCUUCCGUGGAUAUCGAGAAGUCGUUGGGAAGUGCGAACAGAGAAGAGUUUGAACUCGCGGAAUCGCGAAAACUAAAGAGACCAAUGGCCAAAAAUCUUCCGCCAACUCGCAACAUUUACGAAGCUUUGAUAUCCAUCGGUGGCAUGACAUGUAGUGUCUGCACCGGAAAAGUGGCCGAGAGUCUUGAGGCCUUCGAGUUCGUCAAGGAAGUCAACAUCAACCUCAUGAACAACAGCGGACUGGUGCAGUUCGAGGCCUUUGGGGAUGGCAAAGAGGAGGCAGCAAAGCUGGUGGAAGAGGUGGAAGACAUUGGAUACGACGGGGCCCUGGACCGGCUGACUAACUUGACCCCUCAGACGACCGACGGUGACGAUGCAUGGAGCAGAGAGAGACAAGUCGCCUUACUGGUCCGAGGGAUGUUCUGCGAAGCAUGUACGGGAAAGAUUCUGGAGGCGUUGGAGACCGCCUUCCCAGACAUUUUGGAGAUCGAAGCGCAGCCAACAGUUCGCGCGCCAAUACUACGCAUCUCCUACAUACCUCAAUCACCGACAAUCACCAUCCGUAGGAUAAUCGAAGUCAUUUCAUGCAUCGACCCGGUCCUCGAAGUCUCCGUGUACCACCCGCCAACCAUCGAGGAGCGCUCGCGGGAAAUCCAACUCCGAGAACGCAACAACUACCUCCUACGGCUAUGUUUCUGCGUGAUCUGUGCCAUCCCGACGUUUCUCAUCGGCGUGGUGUGGAUGGCCCUAGUGUCGCGCGACGAUCCCAUGAGAAUCUACAUGGAGGCUGCCAUGUGGGCCGGAAAUGUCUCGCGGAUCGAAUGGGCCCUGUUGAUCAUCAGCACGCCGGUCAUGUUCUAUGCUGCCAAUCCGUUCCAUUUGAGGGCUGCGCGCGAGAUCAUGGCGCUUUGGCGGCCGGGAAGCCCAGUUCCCGUCUUUCGACGGUUCUAUCGCUUCGGCUCGAUGAACUUGUUGAUUUCCUUGGGUGUUUCCAUCUCGUACUUUUCGAGCGUUGCGAUGCUUGUUCUCGCCGCCCAUCGUAAUCCGCAUCAUCCCGGGAUGGCAAAGGGACAUACAACGACGUAUUUCGACUCGACGGUUUUCCUGACCAUGUUUCUCUUGAUGGGUCGCUACCUGGAGGCGUACAGCAAGGCAAAGACCGCAGACGGCGUUAAUCUCCUGGCCAACCUGCGUCCGAAGGAGGCCGUGUUGGUAGAGCCGACUGACGCAAAAACACCAGUGGACAUCGAAAAGUCCGUCAAAAAUUCACCAUCGCAAGAAAUCACCGAGAUAGUCCCCGACUACUCCGACGCCCGCCCGGUCACCACCAAGCGAAUCACCGCCGACCUCCUGGAGGUAGGCGACAUCGUGACGAUAGCACAAGGCUCCUCGCCACCGGCCGACGGCGUCGUCAUCUCGGGCAUCUCCACAUUCGACGAGACAUCACUGACCGGCGAAGCCCGCCCCGUCCCCAAAGCCGACGGCGACAUGGUGUACGCGGGGACCAUCAACAUCGGCCAAGUGAUCAACGCGCGCAUCGUCAAGAUCAGCGGCGAAACGCUUCUGGACGAGAUCGUGAACGUCGUGCGCGAGGGCCAGAACCGGCAUGCGCCCAUCGAACGCAUCGCAGACAGGGUGACCGCAUAUUUCGUCCCCGUUAUCUGUUUCCUGGCUGUCACUACGUGGGUGGUGUGGCUUGUCCUGGGGACCUCCGGCUCGCUGCCGGAGGAUUACCUCGACAUCAACGAGGGUGGCUGGUAUCUGUGGUCGCUCAGCUUCGCCAUCGCCGUCUUCGUCGUUGCCUGUCCCUGCGGAAUCGGCCUGGCCGCGCCGUGUGCGCUGCACGUGGGCACCGGGCUUGCAGCCCGCCACGCGAUCCUGGCCAAGGGAGGUGGCGAGGCGUUUCAGGAGGCGUCGACUCUGGACUGCGUCGUUUUUGAUAAAACUGGCACUCUCACACACGGAGUUGAGCCGGUCGUUACGGACGAGGAAAUUCUUUUCCAGGACAAUAAAGCUAUCGUGGUCAUCAAUCUGGCUGUCCGGCUGCUCGAGGAGGGAUCAAAUCAUCCGCUCGCUCGUGCAAUGGUCAAUUACUUCCGCGAUAAGCCGUCUGCUAACGGCCGCAUCGUGACUACGGAGGAAAUUGCUGGUAAGGGCUCGAAAGGCACCAUCGACGUCAGCGGCGCCCACUUCGAAGCACUGAUCGGCAACCAGAGGCUAAUGGCGGAGCACAACAUUGACGUACCAUGGAAUUACUCUGAGCAGCUGGCCUCAUGGCAGACAACCGGAAAGAGUGUUAUACUUUUCGCCAUCCGAUCCGACUCGAGCCCACUAUUCCGACCCGAGUUUUCGCUGGCGGCGAUGUUUGCGACUACCGACCCGAUCCGUGAAGAAGCGCCGUUCGUCAUCAAAGGACUGGCGAAAAGUGGCAUCGACGUGUGGAUGAUAACCGGUGAUAACCCGCUCACCGCCUCGGCCGUUGCAAAGCAAGUCGGCAUUCCCCACAACCGAGUGAUCGCCGGAGUACUGCCCACGGAAAAGGCCGAAAAAGUCCGCUCCCUGCAAAGCCUUGCGACCACCCGACCACCGUCCACCCCUCGCCGGCUCCUCACGCUCUUCCAGCGCGCCGCGCCCCCACGGCGCGCCAUCGUGGCCAUGGUGGGCGACGGGAUCAACGACGCGCCGGCAUUAUCCACCGCGGACGUGGGGAUCGCGAUCGGCUCUGGCUCGGACAUAGCGAUGCAGACGUCGAAGUUCAUUCUGGUGUCGUCGGACCUCACCUGCCUCCUGAUCCUGACAGACCUCUCGCGUGCAGUCGUCCGCAGGGUCAAGUUCAACUUUUUGUGGGCUUGCGUGUUCAAUGUUGUCGCUAUCCCGCUGGCGGCGGGGCUGCUGUUUCCGGUUACUCCUGGCAGGGUGAGAUUGGAGCCCGUGUGGGCUGCCCUGGCUAUGGCGUUGUCUUCCGUAUCCGUCAUAUGCUGCUCGCUGCUCCUGAAGUCGCGGCUGUGGGGCGUAGGUUUUCGCCCGCGGGUCCGCAAGCAGGGUAGUGCGAUAUAG